AUGCGUUUCCAACUUUUCUCUCAACGCGCAGCCGUCGCGCUCGCGACUUCACUUCCUCUCAUCCUGGCACAGACCUCGACCGACUGCGAUCCGACGAAGAAAUCUUGUCCUGCCGAUAUUGGUCUUCCGGCCAGUAAAUACGUCGCCGACUUCACCACCGCAGGAGCCAACAGCUCGUGGACCGCUGCCGCUUACACUACCAUCGAGUAUGGCAGUGAUGGCGCCGUCUUCACCAUUGCGAAGGAGGGUCAGGCACCGACCAUCGAGACUGAUUUUUACAUCUUCUUCGGCCGCGUUGAUGUCACCAUGAAGGCGGCAUCAGGUCGAGGAAUUGUUUCUUCCAUCGUCCUCGAGUCCGACGAUCUCGAUGAGAUUGAUUGGGAGUUCAUCGGCGGCGACAAUGGCAAAGUUCAGAGUAACUUCUACGGCAAAGCCAACACCACGACCUACGAUCGAGUGGUCUACCACGAUGUCGCCACUCCACAAGAUACCUACCACACCUACAGCAUUGACUGGACUUCCGAGCGUCUCCAAUUCCUCAUCGACGGCAGCAUCAUCCGCACAAUUGCAUACGCCGACCCUCUCGCCGUCUACGGCAAGAACUACCCACAGACUCCGAUGCGUGUCAAGCUCGGUAAUUGGGCUGGCGGUGGACCUGGUCAAAACAAGGGAACUGUCGAGUGGGCUGGCGGCGAUGUUGACUUCAGCAAGGGACCGUUCAAGAUGCUCGUGCGCAAGGUGGAGAUCACGAACAACAAUCCCGCCUGCUCAUACGAGUACGGCGACCGAUCCGGAUCAUUUGAGUCGAUCAAAAAAGGCACCGCCGUCACUGAUGCAACGACUGUCAGCCGUAGCGUGGCUCCCAUCAGGCAGACAGUCUUGUUAUCUACCACAGUCACCGGCUCUGCAUACAGCACCAACAGUGCUUCGGUCUCGGCACUGAACUCGGAUGUCCCUACUGGCAGUGCGGAGAGCACUACGGACACGACCAGUGCUGUUGGUAGCGACAGUCCCGCUGCCACCACUUCUUCGGGAGUCGAGACUUCGACUGGAGGCGCUUCUACCAACACCAUCUUGACGGCUGGCUCGUUCGUGGGCGUUGCGGUCGGUUUCUUCAUGUUGUAA